AUGUGGAAAAGAAUUUUGAAUAGGAAAAUUUCAAAAUUCAUAUUUAAAAGAACAUAUGUAACCCACAAGAAUCCAUUUCAAAGAACUAUAGAGUGCAUUACUAGCGAUAUAAAAUAUGGGAUAUUUAAUAAAGCUGCUGAUAAAGUGUACCCAGAACAUGCUGAUGUUGUUAUAAUAGGUGGUGGGUUUUUAGGAAGUUCAGGUGCUUACUGGCUUAAAGAAAGAGCUGGUGAAGGACUUAAUGUUGUAGUUUUAGAUAAAAACCUUGGUAACUUAGUUGAAGAAAAAGAAUCUAUGCGUGUAUUAAGCCACCACUAUUCAUUGCCUGAAAACAUUCUUCUUUCACAAUGUAGUUUAGAUUUCAUGCGAAAUGCUAGAAGAAAUUUAAAUUUGAAAGAUGAUAUUAAGUACUAUCCUCAUGGAUAUUUGGUAUUAGCUGGCGAAAAAUAUGCAGAAGUCCUAGAAAAAAAUGUAUCUAUUCUCAGAGAGUUUGGGAUAAAAAAUGAACUGCUAUCAGCUGAACAACUAAGAAAGAAAUAUCCUUGGAUUAAUACCUCUGAUGUUAAACUUGGUUCAUUAAGUACAGAAGGUGAAGGUGUCUAUGAUUGCCAAGCUUUACAGCGAGGUAUGAUAAAGAAAUCUGUAGAGCUGGGUGCUAAUUACGUAAAUGGAGAGGUGGUUGGAUUUAUUAUGGAGGACCAAAAAGAUGUAUUAAUGGAGGGUGUAAAGCCAAUGUCAUUCCAAAAGCUUAAUAAAGUUGUAUAUAAAACAAAGGAUAAUGAAGAACGUUCUAUUAAAUUCGCCAUAUGUGUCUUAGCUGCUGCAUCAGAAUCUUCAAAUAUUGCGAAACUUGCUAAUAUAGGAAGCCAUACUGGGCUUCUCUCUGUACCACUUCCUAUAGAGCAAAGCUUAUCAAAUGUUUACUCUAUUGAGAAUACUGGAUCACAAUCACAAAACAUAGGAAUAAGUUCUCCACUAGUAAUGGAUACAACAGGUUUAUGGCUAAGAAGAAAUGGAUUGAAUAACAAUCUUUUAUGUGGACAAAUCCCAUUGCAAUCAGAUAAACAUUUAUCUGAAAAUGAUAAUUAUGAAUUACUUCUAAAGCCAUCCUUACAAAAUAGAUUUCAUAAUCUAUUAGAUGGAAAGGUUACUCAUAAGGAAACAGAAGUUUUUGACUGCAACACUUAUGAUGAUUCAGGAAUCUUAGGUCCACAUCCAUAUUACACAAACUUAAUUCUGGCCGCAGGAUUUGGAAGAUCAGGUAUACAACAUGCACCAGGUAUCGGAAAGGCUAUUUCAGAUUUGGUAAUUGAUUUCCAAUAUACAAAUAUUGAUUUAACAAGAUUUGGAUUCGAUAGAAUUUUAAUGCAUAAGCCUAUAGUAGAUUUUAAUAUUUAUUAA